CCCGGCUCUGCAGUGCUGUCCUGGGGCUCGCUGCCGUGCUGCCAGGUGCCUGUUGGUGCUGGCUGUGCGCCUGCCUCCGCACCUCUGGGCAUGCAGGCCUUGUCCGGCUGCACCUCUAGGGCUGGGAGGAAACGACUCCUAAGGUAUGGCCUCACAAGUCUUGGUCUAUCCACCAUAUGUUUAUCAAACCCAGUCAAGUGCCUUUUGUAGUGUGAAAAAACUCAAACUAGAACCAAGCAGUUGUGUGUACCACGAAAGAGCCUACCCACAAAUCUAUGUGAAUGGUAAAAACUUUGGAAUCUCUCCCCAUAGGGUUAGUACUUUCCUUCAGACUAAAAACCCAUUUGACAGACCUCGAGGACAGAACGUUUUGUUGCAGUCAAAUGCUGUUGCUUUAAAAAAUAUUGCAGGUGCUACAAAAGCGUUAGCAGCGCAGGCGCAGCAAGCUCAGUUGGAAGCACCUCAGCCUGGGACUCAAAGAAACAGAGUAGAUAUACUGGAAGGACCCCAGCGAUGUGGAUUGAAGCGUAAGAGUGAAGAGCUAGAUAAUCAAAGCAGCACGAUGCAGAUUGUUGAUGAACUGUCCAUAUUGCCUGCGAUGUUGCAAACCAAUGUGGGAAACCCAGUGACAGUUGUGACAACUGCUGCAACUUCAAAACAAACUGGUACAAGUGGAGAUGGAGACUACCAGCUGGUACAGCAUGAGGUUUUGUGCUCUGUGAAAAAUACUUACGAGGUUCUUGAUUUUCUUGGGCGAGGGACCUUCGGACAAGUGGUGAAGUGCUGGAAAAGGGGGACAAAUGAGAUUGUGGCAAUCAAAAUUUUGAAGAAUCAUCCUUCGUACGCACGCCAAGGACAAAUAGAAGUGAGCAUAUUAGCAAGGCUAAGUACUGAAAAUGCUGAUGAAUUCAAUUUUGUGAGAGCCUACGAAUGCUUUCAGCAUCGUAACCAUACUUGUCUGGUUUUUGAGAUGUUGGAACAGAAUUUAUAUGACUUCCUGAAGCAAAACAAAUUCAGCCCUCUGCAACUGAAAGUAAUACGGCCUAUUCUACAACAGGUGGCCACUGCACUGAAAAAACUAAAAAGUCUUGGUUUAAUCCAUGCUGACCUCAAACCAGAGAACAUUAUGUUGGUGGAUCCUGUUCGGCAGCCUUACCGGGUUAAAGUAAUAGAUUUUGGGUCUGCCAGCCAUGUAUCAAAGACUAUUUGUUCAACCUAUUUACAAUCCCGAUAUUAUAGAGCACCAGAGAUCAUACUGGGAUUGCCGUUUUGUGAAGCCAUAGACAUGUGGUCAUUAGGGUGUGUGAUUGCAGAGCUGUUUCUUGGAUGGCCACUGUACCCAGGAGCACUGGAAUAUGACCAGAUUCGUUACAUUUCUCAGACUCAAGGUUUGCCAGGAGAACAGUUGUUAAGCAUGGGGACGAAAACUGCAAGAUUUUUCUGUAGAGAAACAGACGCACCAUAUUCUAGUUGGAGAUUAAAGACUUUGGAAGAGCACGAGGCAGAGACAGGUAUGAAGUCUAAAGAGGCCAGGAAGUAUAUUUUCAACAGUUUGGAUGAUAUAGUGCAUGUGAACAUGGUGAUGGAUUUGGAAGGAAGUGACCUGUUGGCAGAGAAGGCAGACAGGAGGGAAUUCGUCAGUCUGUUGAAGAAAAUGUUGCUGAUUGAUGCUGAUUUAAGAAUCACUCCAGCUGAGACGCUGAACCAUUCUUUUGUUACCAUGAAGCACCUCCUCGAUUUUCCUCAUAGCAACCAAGUAAAGUCCUGUUUUCACAUCAUGGAUGUUUGCAAGUGCAGAUCAAAUUUAUAUGACCUAAGCAACCGCAAUAAAACAUCGCUUAUGAGACCAGUUGCCUCAGGCAGUGCAGCUAAUCUGACUGCAAGCUUCACCAAAAUUGGCCCAUUAAGAAGCCAGGCUUUAACUGCAUCUGCACACUCAGUUUUGCACCAAGGAAUACCACUGCAGGCAGGAACUGCUCAGUUUGGUUGCAGUGACAUUUUCCAGCAGACACUGAUUAUAUGUCCUCCGACUCUUCAAGGAAUUACAACAAACCACAGUAAACCCACAAGUUUCUCCUUGAGGGUGGACAACGCCGUUCCCUUGGUGACCCAGGCCCAUGCAAUUCAGCCACUGCAGAUUCGAGCAGGAAUCCUUUCUCAGACAUGGUCAAACCACACCCAGCAAAUCCUGGUUCCUGCGUGGCAGCAAGUGGCACCAGUGGCAGCCCCUGCAACAUCUCUAGCUUCUGAUCCUGUGGCUGGCCCACAGAGGCUUGGAGACUGGGGGAAGAUGAUUACCCAGGGCACUCAUUACAACUCAGUGAUGCCGCAGCCUCUUUUAACACAUCAAAUAACCUUUUCUGCCCCACAGCCAAUUAGCGUGGGCAUUGCACAUGUUGUCUGGCCUCAGCCUGCAGCUACCAAGAGGAAUAAACUGUGUCAGAACAGGAGCAAUGCGUUGCAAAAUACCAAUAUCCAAAAUUCAGCCUUUAUAUCUCCAAAGAUAAUUAACCUGAAGGCUGUAAAGAGAAUAAGCUGUAUAGAAGCACAGGACAAUCAUAACUCGGAUGGACGGGAGAGGAACUGCUGCGAGGCGUCGGUCAGGCUGGACCCUGCUUCAUCCCUUUCCAACAAGCAGCGACAGGCUAUCUUCAUUGCGGGCUCCCCCAGCCCUGCAGUCAGUGUCAUCACCAUCAGCAGCGACACCGAUGAAGAUGACUUAGGUCAAACACGUUCUCUGAGAGAGUGCAAAGGUAGCCUUGACUGUGAAGCCUGCCAAAAUACUCUGAAUAUUGACCGUGUCUGUUCUCUAAGCAGUCCUGAUAGCACUCUGAGCACGAGCUCCUCGGGGCAGUCCAGUCCAUCUCCUUGCAAGAGAUCCAACAGUAUGUCAGAUGAUGAACAGGAAAGUGGAUGUGAUACAGUGGAUGGUUCCCCAACUUCAGACUCUUCAGGACACGACAGCCCGUUUGCUGAAGAUAGCUUUGUAGCUAAUACCAACAAAAAUAAGGAAGCAAGAGCAUCAGUUAAUUCUGAAACCAAACCAGCUGUUUGCACAGUAGUGGUGCCACCAAUGAGUCUUGAAAGCAGGUUACGUCUUGAUGAACAGAUGGUGAACACAGAUGCUACUUGUCAGCCAUUGAAAAACGGUCGGUCUGUCCUGGGAAGGAAAACCCAGUCUUCUGCUGUGGGAAACCGUCAGCAAAAACUGGCAUCAGCAUUCCAUCAGCAACAUUUAAACUUCAGCCAGGUGCAGCACUUUGGAUCUGCGCCGCAGGAAUGGAAUGGGAACUACGCUCAUCGCAGGCAGCAGGCCUACAUCGCCCCGAGCGUCGCCAGUCACGCUUUCUCCCUUCCACAAGGAAGUCCAAACCCCACCACCGUGCACGCACAUCUCUCUGCAGGCACCCACCUGGGAGGACAGCCUGCCAUCCUUCCGUACCCAUCGUCGGCACCCCUUAGUACUGCUGCACCCGUUGCCCACCUCCUCGCUUCACCGUGUACCUCAAGGCCCUUACUGCAACAUCCAACGUACAACAUGUCUCACCCCAGCGGUAUAGUUCACCAAGUUCCCGUUGGCAUAAAUCCCCGUCUUUUACCUUCCCCAACCAUUCAUCAGACUCCGUACAAACCAAUUUUUCCACCACAUUCGUACAUUGCAGCAUCACCUGCUUACACAGGAUUUCCACUGAGUCCGACAAAACUCAGCCAGUACCCGUUUAUGUGAGAACUCAAGUAGAGUAUAUUGAGGAAGCUCAAUGAUACGGAAGUUUGACUUAAGAAGAAACAUGGUAUUUAUUAAAUAUUAGCCAUGGCACAACAGGAAAAUUAUUUUUUUGAAUCAUGUAGACUUGGGUGCAAUUUAAACAACUCUGAGCUUUAAAAAAAAAAAAAAACAAACUCACUUUUAAUGUGUUUUGCACAUUUGGUAUAACUUGUCUUUGGUCAUGUUAUCUUCUUAUAUAGUAACUUUAGACAGGUGACUUACGGGAGCAGAAAUCUGGUUUUGCUCCUCCUAUUUUUUAUAAAAUUGCCUUCUAACUAGUGCAAGACACGUCUACAUUUGGAAGCCAUUCAGUGUACAGAAUUAGAGCAACAGAUGCACAUACGUCAGCAGUACAGCGUAGAAGUAACUUGUUUGUAUUACGUACCUUGGUGUUUAAAUGUUGAGUCACUUAUCUAAGAGUUGGGCUGUUGUUCUUCACAUUGCAUGUGUCUUUUGCAUGGGCAAAGAAGCCUAAACAUUGCUCUUAAAUGUCGUUGUCCUAAUAAUCUCAGCUGCAUUGUAAACUGUUCCCACACAUAGUGCCUUAAAUAUUUGAGGUUGUUAAUGUUAUUACUUAUAUAUCAAUGUUGAGGACUGCAGCACUUAAAAAUUCAGAUCUGCUGAUUUUUUGAUAGCGUAUUGCUCAUUUUGGGUUUUGUGUGGUAUGAUUUUAGUAUUUGGUGUUUUUUCCUUAUCGAGAAGGCAGCACGUUUUGCUGUAGCUGAACUUUGCUGUCUUUUUUUUCCCAGAAUGAUCUAGCUUCAAGAAAAGACUUUAGUAGUGCUUAAGAAAAGUUGAUUCAGUAGCUCUCGAGUAGUGACACGCAGCACAGUAUUCCAUCCUGUUCAGUGGAACUGCAGUACAAUCCAAGUAGUCUGUUUGAAAAGUGUUUGUCUAACUGGGUAUAAUGGAAUGUUAGAGGUGCGGUAGGCAUGACUGGCUGGGUAAUGAGAGAAAAGCCAAGUGCUCAUCGACUCAUGAUGUGGUUUCACCUUAGCUUGAGCGAACCGUGCAGUAUUCAGUAACUAGUAGCAGAAUAUUUACUGUUGAAGCUUGAAGAGAUGUGAGUUCUUUGUGUGCAAUCUUUCAUUUAUGCAUGGGAGAGAUUUGAGUCUUUCUACAUACUAGGAUUUGUUUCGGCCUGUUGCGGGUGUUUGCUUAUUGAAUACAUUCCGUCAGGGACGUCAGUUACAUGCUUCUGGCAUUUUGCUUUUCCUUAGGAGGCGUGUCUUUCUGUUUCUCAUUUUGUUCAAAUGAAGUUGCUUUUGCAGCACCAAAGACUUAAUCAUCCAUUUCCUAUAAAAGGUAGCUACUUUUUCAUAGACCUCAAGUAUACUGUAGUGUAGAGAUGGGUUUUAAAGAAGGUAUUAAACUGAGGCUGUGUUUUAGCUUAUGGGCAAGUAAUAAAUUGUAUCAUUUAUCUUGAAUGUAUCAUAGAUAAGCUGCUAUAUAAUGAUUGCCACUUCAGAUAGCUGUGAAAUUAGGUGAUUAACUAGUUCUUUCUUAGCCUUCUAAUUUCUGUACAAGUCUAAUUACAUGAAAUAGAAGCCGGGUUUUGGGUUGUUUUUUUUUUAUUUUAUUUUAUUUCUUUUUAUCAUGUUUGAAGUGUCGUAACUACUAUACUGUAAAUGAGGAAAGAUGAUUGCGUAUGUUUUUUUGGGGUGUGUUAUUUGCAUCAGUAUUUUAUCUCCAUUAACUUUGAGCUCAUCACUGCAUAUAAAUGGAUGUAUUGAUGUAACUUAAUUUUUUUUUUAAUGUUUUCAUAUUGGCAUUGUGUAGACACUUAAGAAGCUGCAUCUUGCAGGCUUGACUUAACUUUUUUUUAAAACAAAAUCUGGAAUACAAUCUUUGCAAUGUUGACUGGAAUAAGAGUGCAAAGCAUUUGAGUUUAACUCUGUCAAUAAGCUAAGAACUGGUAAACUUUUUCUUUACUCCACUAACACAAGCAGUGUUUUAUUUAACGAAUGUCUGAAUGAAAUAAAUGUGCCUACAUUUGAUUUAUUUUUAAGUAAUAACUAAAAUACAACAGUAUUAGAUCAUAAAAACAAAAUACCAGCAGUACAUUUUUAAUCACACUGAAAAUUAAGAAACCUAACUUUUCCCAAAAGUUUCAGUGUUUUUAGUAAUCAACUCUAUGCAUUUUGUACAAGUAUAAAUGUAUAUAUAAAGUAUGCAUUAGAAACUAGGAGCAUCCUGAUUAAUUAGAAAUCUUAUCAACCUAUAUAUGAAGCCUAAAUACACCGAGUCGAGAGCAUGCUCUAAUUGGAUACCCACCUUGCCACUUCCAACUUGUGCUGUAUGGUCCAGCAGAUUGCUUUUUGUUAGCUCCCUCCUGUUGGGAAUUGACACUUUUCUGGUGCUUACUCCAUUGCAGGCAAUGGACACACCACGAAUCACCAAUGCAAAUGGAGUAAAUGAAUUUUUUAUUGUGAUAACAAAAAAAAUAAUAAUAAUAAAAUAAA